AUGGAAGCGAUCAACAAUCGUCUCAAGCAACUGGAAGACAUUGAGACGGAAGACAGGCAAUUGCAGCUCAAGAGACAGGAAGAACAUCGCGAUUUUCUUGAAGCACUGAGGGAGCGGGAUCAAGAAGAGGAUGUGAGUACACUGCGCUCUCCCACUCGACGGUCUAGAGUUAAAGGGAGUGCUCAGGAGCUCCGUCGAAGACGAAGGAUCCUUUCUCGGUCUUCCUUUGGUCAUCUGGCGGUAGGAUCUCGUGAUGAUGAGAGCCAAGCUUCUACAGAUGUCGAAAAUUGGCCGGUGACAAGAAGCGAAACGAAGGUCAAGCGCUCUGCCAGUAAGAUUGUCCCCAGCUCCAGCUCAGGGAGAAAGGACUACGGUCUGCCCACUGCUCGCGAUAGCUAG